CGCUCGCAGCCGCUCGCUCCUCCACUCAUGCGGACCCGCUGACUGGGAUGGACUAGCCAGCGGGGUUCGGUGCGGUGGUUGGUUGGACUGUCGGUGUGCUGGGGCUCGGGCGACCCGCUGGACCAUGGCUGCCAAAGACGACCUGUACAGUAAAAUCCUGCCCCGGAGGCUCCGGCAGAGCCGACCGGGCUCGGUGAAAUGUGGCUCCAACCUUGACGUGCUGUUGUCCAUGGGCUUCCCCAGACCAAGGGCACUGAAAGCUCUGGUAUCAACAGGAGGCCGGAGCGUGCAAGCAGCAUGUGACUGGCUUUUUUCCCAUGUGGACGACCCGUUCCUGGACGACCCACUGCCCAGGGAGUUUGUCCUCUACCUGCGACCCAGUGGGCCACUUCAGAACCAGCUCUCCCACUUCUGGCAGCAGAGUCGGGUCACUUGUGGCAAAAACAAAGCCCACAACAUUUUCCCUCAUAUCACCCUCUGCCAGUUCUUCAUGUGUGCAGACCACAAAGUAGAAGCUCUAUGCGAGGCCCUCCAGGCCACCGUGCAGCAGUGGCGAGGUCGUUUUCCGAGCCCGCUGCCCCUAGAACUCUACACAUCCUCCAACUUCAUUGGUCUCUUUGUUGAGGAACAGGUGGCCGACGUCCUCAAGCAGUUUGCAGCUGACUUUGCCACAGAGGCUACAAGGAAGGCAGAAGUCCAUGUGGAGCCUCACAAGAAGCAGCUCCAUGUGACUCUGGCCUACAACUUCCCCACUGACCACCUCGCUUCACUGGAGAAACUGGCUAAAGGCAUCGAAGUCAAGCUGGGCUGUGAUUGGCUGGCUGUCUUGUUCUCCCGGGACAUUCGAUUUGCUAACCAUGAGACGCUGCGGGUGAUGUACCCCUACCUGCCUCAGAAUGAGGAUGAGCUGGAGCUGGUUCCUGGGGAUUUUAUCUUCAUGUCUCCAGUGGACCAGAGUAGCACCAGUGAGGGCUGGGUGUAUGGGUCCUCACUGGCCACCGGGCUGUCUGCCCUGCUGCCGGAAAACUACGUCAGCUUGGCCGAUGAAUCCGACACUUGGGUCUUCCAUGGCUCGCAUUCCUUCUUCAGUUGUGGGCCCAGUGACAAGAGCGGUAAGGAGAGAGGGAUGUUCGAUGGACUGCUGGACAGCCGACGCCCCGAUAACACGAGCCCUGGAGACACGCCCACCCUCAGUCUCAUCUGUCAUCCAAUGCAGCAGGUCCUGCGGAUCGGCGGUGGUCAUUCUCGGCAGUCCAAGCGCACGCUUUUUGUCUGCCGGCACGGCGAGAGGAUGGAUGUGGUCUUUGGCAAACACUGGCUCUCCCUCUGCUCCGACAGUAAAGGUAGAUAUGUGCGCUCCAAUCUGAACAUGCCUCCCAGUUUGCCUCUGUGGGGGGGGCAGAGAGACUAUGACAUGGACACUCCUCUCACUGUGUUUGGAUCCACACAGGCUCAACUAGUGGGUGAGGCCCUGCUGCAGAGUAACACAGUGAUAGACUUUGUGUACUGUUCUCCCUCUCUGCGGUGUGUCCAGACUGCACAGAACAUCCUGAAAGGUCUGCAGCAGGACGGUAAAGUGAAGGUGAGAGUGGAACCAGGGCUUUUUGAAUGGACCAAGUGGGUUUCUGGGAGCUCCCUGCCGGCAUGGAUACCUCCGACUGACCUGGCCGCUGCCAACUUCACUGUGGACACAUUGUACAGACCACUGAUCCCAGUCAGCAAGCUCACUGUGUCUGAGUCGUAUGAGAACUACAUGAGUCGAAGCUACCAAGUGACCAAAGAUAUCCUGUCGGAUUGUAAAAACACUGGAAACAACGUGCUGAUUGUAGCCCACGCUUCUUCCUUAGAGGCCUGCACACGCCAGCUGCAGGGCCGCAGCCCACAGGGCGCCAAGGACUUCAUCCAAGUGGUCCGAAAGAUCCCCUACCUGGGCUUCUGCUCCUGUGAGGAGCAGGGGGACACCGGGGUGUGGCAGUUAGUGGACCCUCCCAUCCUGCCCCUCACACAUGGACCAAACCACACCUUUGACUGGAGGGAGACACUUCUGCAAGAAUAAUGUCUUCCUGACCUGAUCCCCCUCCAACCUCGCCCACCCAACAUGCUCGUACUGUACUCCCACAGGGUGCGGUAACAAGUUUCAAUCCAUUGAACUUUUCUCUUUUUAGCCUCGUUCAUGCAGCUGCUGGUGUCGUGGCUGCGACAGCUGAAGGAGCUUCCGGCCUGAGGAUGAGCCUGUGGUGAACUGACUGGUUCCAACAGUGAUUCAACAAAUGUAAAUGCCCCAAAAUUAAAAAAAAAAAAAGGCCAGUGCAUGACUGGGUGUGAGAUGCAUUGUGUGGGAGAGCACUCAUGGUAGCUCAGUUAAAUCAUCAGUCUCAGGAAAUGUUGUGAAAUUAGCAUGAACGCUGCGUCUGCGCAUGAUUAGCUUAAAGAAGAUAAAUUAAGUAAACAGGAUCAAAACACUUGAAGUAAUCCCAUUGAAAACAAAGGUGCAGAAAAUGACAGGCUGCAUUUAUUUUUUUUUAGCUCUCGGAAGACUCAGGAUUUCUAUUUUGUUCAGUUUAUUUUUGCAGAAAUGUUGUUGUAUUCCAAUGAGCCAAGUUAUUUUAGUUCCCUAACUGUAAACAACGUUCAGGAUAGCUAGCUCUGAACUCAGCACACUCUGGCUUGGUUUACUUUUCGAAACCAUUUUGUUUAACGUUGGCUGUGUCUGACGUCUCUCUCAUUCACUUCAGUGGGAAGUAAACUGAGAUGUGCAUGUGUUACACAACUGCAAUUUUGCAUUGUAGAGGUAUUAGCAACAAGCAGUGCUCGUUAGUACGAUCGUAUUCAGUUGUGCAUUAGUGCUCACUUUGGCUUAUUAAUAUUUAAACUUGUUGAAGUUAGCAUAUUGGAACGAACUGCAUAAUGCCAAAUUCAUUCCAACUUGAUUUUUUGAAAACUGAAAGCCCUAGAGUCAUUAGCACGUCAUAAUGUUAACGUGAAAAUAUUGCGUGUUGAUAUUAGCACAGCUCAGCUUUUACCUGAGCUCAAUCUAAACUUUUUCCACAGCUUAACAGGAAACAGGUUUUUGCUCCAUUUAUGUCAAACAUUUAAAAACAAUGUUGUUUCACCAUCAUUCAUUCAUCCAAGAAUUUUGUUCUGUGGUUUGUUAUAUGCACUGCAGCCUUUAGGGCUUUAGGCAUUUGUGCCAAUUUUGGCGUAUCAAGGGGUGACAGUGACUAAAUGUAUAAUUUGCGUUCACAUGAUUUGAUUUGUGUUUGAGUUUGUGCCUAUUUCACAAACUUUUAUGAGACUAUUGAGUAUAAAAUAUUUGUUACAAAAGUGUUAGCAGUACUGCUUCCCUGCACAGAUCGCAGUUUCAACACACGGGACAUGAGAAUACGUGCACAUGGGUUGUCGACUGCUCAGCUUGAACCACAGAGCUCCUGACCAGAAUGAAAACAGAUAAAUUGUUUGAAAAGAAAUGCCAUCUUUUGUCCCGCUUGUCCUACAUUAGUAAGUGAGGAAAACAUAUCAGCUCUGGCUUAAUGUGGCCCCUCAUGUUGUCUCUAUUUUGGUGCCACAUGCAGCACAUGCAGUAUAACUGUGUCCUCUACCAGUCGUGUAGUGUAUCACACACAAAUAUAACAGCACAGCCUGCACUAUUGACAAUCAUAGAGUAGCUUCUUGAUACAGGUCCAGCAGCAUUUUGAGUCUGUGUUUGUUGCGUGUUGUUCCGGGGUUCAGAGUAGCUGUAAAUAAUCAUAUUUUGGAAAACAAAAAAAAAGUCUUUUUAUUUCUAUUUAUAAACAUUUUUUUUCCAGAUUUUACGAUGUAUAAAAAUAAAUAACAUUUUUUUUGGGGGGGGGGGGGGGGGGGGUUCAUCGCUUUUAACAGCAUGCAAGAUUUUCUCUCAGGUGUUGACUGCAUUUAAGACAAAGUGUGUAUAUGCAGCUCUGAAAACUGUUGCAUAAAUUGAGUGACUGUGUUGUUGUGAGUAAACUCUUUGAAUUAAAGCGAUGUCUCCUGAUGUACCGACGGCCCACUCAGAGGAAUUUGUGAACUCAGUCAGCGGCAAACAGGAAGCGUUGACUUUGGUGAUAUUUGAUGCACGUCAUACAUGGAGCUCAUCAACACAUCUUGUUACAAGUUGCAUGUUUGGAAUUUAUUACAAGACAGUUAUUUAUUAAUCUCUCUCUAUUCUGUGCAUUCUCUCUCUAUUCAUUUUUUGGAAAGUUUUAGAGAUAGAGUUGUGUUGCUAGAAUAUUUGGGAUGUGUGUCCACUCUGACACCAGGUUGCUUUGGUAGAAGUCCUGUGCAGUAAGCAUGGUCAGCAGUCCGUGGGUGUAUCAUUGUACUUCUUCCACAAAAAGAGCUCUAUAGUUUUAUUUGGCUGCUUAGACAGCAACAACAAAUCAAAGAUAUACUGUUAAAUACAAGCUCUGCCCCGCCCCGCCCUUGUUUUAUACAUGGUCCUCGAGAAAGUCAACUUUCUUUGUGGGCUCCAUCCUCUGAAGGAAGUUUGUCCUCUGAGAUCGAACACAGCUACGGUCGAGUACUUUUGCCCGGAAAACCCCAAACAUCCGAUCUGUCACCUUGAGGCGUUUUUAAAUCAUUCCCCUCAGGAAAAGAGGAAAAAACUCUUCUUGGAAAACAUCAUGAUAAACAUUCAUUUCCUUGAAUCUGGGAUUUAAAACAUUUAAUUAGUCAAUUUCCAUGUUGAGGAAACUGAGCACUCAUUACAUCAUAACAUUGUUGACACAGGGAGACAUUGACACAGACACUGAGAAGAAAUACACACAAAUUUGAAAGAUCUCUCCUCAGUUAUUUCAUUAACAUAGAAAGUUCAUCGCUCAGCAAACGAGCAGCACAUAUUGUAUUGAAGGAUUACAGAGUGAAGAGAGCCAUGGGGAAGAAGCUAUGUUGUUCCUGCAUUCUUUAUUUAUUGUUAGAACAUAUCACCAAACGUGUUCAAGAAUUAAGUUACUUUCUUUUGAAAAUCAAAAACGUAUUUUUCAGUUUGUAAUUUUUAAGAUGAGGAGCAUCCAGAGGCUUCAAGUAAAAGUUUGUGUUGAUCUCCUGUGUGAUUGUGAAGCACUGAGUCAUAAAGAAAAAGGCUGUCCUUUUUAAACAGCUGUAAUAUUUUCAUAUGUUCAUGACUCUUUGGAUAGAAAGACUGAAACACAUCAUUCUGUGGUUUGUGGUGAGAGAGUUGAUCUGCAGUUUGGUUUUGUUCUGAAGGAGCUUAAAAUAAAACCAUAAAUGUCUCUUCAUAACAAUAACAUGGUAAAACGACAGGUGUGCAAAGUCACUGUUUAUCCAUCUACGCCGCCAAUACUGUCAAGAACAAACUCA